CAUUUUUUCAUUUCCAAAAAAAAGAGAAAAAGAAAAAGGGAAAAAAAUUGGCUUCUUCAGACCACCAAACCGCAGAGUCUCAUUUCAGUCCCAAGUCACAGAGACCUCGACGACCACCAUGGCGGUCACUACCACCGCCUUCUUCCUUCUUCUGAUCCUAACUGCCGCCAUAGCCACCACCAGCUCCGCCCCAAUCCUUGGCCUCGACACCUUCCUGACCCACCAGUCCCGCCUUGACCGUCAAGCCACCAACGACUCCUUCCUCUCUCUCUCCUCCACCCUCAGAAACUCCCUUUCCCAUUCUACCCCUCUCUCCCACACCCCUCACUCCCUCAUCUCAUCUCUCCUCUCUCUCUCCCUCCCUCUCUCUCCACACGUCCGCCUCGUCGGCUCCUCCUUCCCCUCCUCCUCCAUCUCCCUCCUCUACUCCUUCCUCUCCGCCUCCCAAUCCUCCAACCACUUCCACGUUAUCGCCCCCUUCGAAACCCACUCUCACCGCCUCGCCGUCCAGCACUCUCUCCACCUCGACGUCUCUCACUCUCCCUCUUUAGCUUCCCAACUCUCCAAAACCCUAAACUCUGAGCUCGAGAAAACCCCUUCCAGCCUCCGAUCCCCGCUUCUCUCCAUCCCCUACGACCCGAUUGACCAGAUCAUCAAGAAGGACUUCGAGAAAGAGAAGCCCGUUCAUGGGGUUUACUUGUAUUUUCUGAAUUUGGGUCCCCAGUCCAAACCUUAUGCUUAUAACUAUGGAUCUGGGGACUCUUCCGCUGCUUUCACCAAGUGUUUGGGGAGCAUCUGGACUGGCAAGGACAGGUAUAUCUGGAUUGACUUGGGUGCUGGCCCGGUCGAUUAUGGCCCGGCUCUUUCCGGUGAUGGGGUUUUACCCAGAGGCGAGUUUCAUCCUCUCGCGGCGUUGCACGGUCGUCCCAAGGCUCAAAAGGCGUUGCUUGCUGACUUGGCUUCCUUGGUUUGGAGUGCUUACCAGGUUCUUCUUGUGCCCUCUUUGAGAAUUCCUGUUCAGUUUGAGAAUUCAUUGAUUGUUCAGUUUAUUCAUGUUUAUGGGUCUGAGGGCAGUAAGGAUUCUAGUGGUUUGGAUUGGAAAUCGAUUGAGAGAACGUUUAUGGAUGAGGCCAAUGAUAAUGGGUUGUUGUUGGGGGAUCAGUCUUUGAGGUUCAAGACUUAUAGAGUGAGUUACUCGGAGUGUCCCAUUUGUUCAUUUGCAAUUUCUCGGUCUAUCAAUUCGUAUACGUCAAGAUUCUUGUUUGAUAACUAUACUUUGAUUGCAAGUGAGUAUUUGGACUCGAAGCGAUUGCAUCAGAUACUGUCUGAUUCAGCUGAGGAGUUUAGGAGGGUGGCAGGGUUUCCUGAGGAGGAAUUCGGUAGGGUUCUUCCCGUUUAUGUGUUUGAUUUGGACUACAGCAUGCUGUUGUUGCUCGAUAGGUAUCACCAAUCUGUUGCUUUUAAAGACAUGGUCAUUGCAGUCAGGACGAAGAACACACAGACUGUGAGUGAUUAUAGCUGUAACGGGCGUCAUGUGUUUACACAGACAAGGGAGCUUGAGCGACCGCUUGUUGGUUCGAUUUUACAGAGCAUGUGGGGAGUGUCACCAACCCAUAUGCUGUGGAGCCCUAGGCACAAUACUACAUUAGUGGAUUACACAUGGAGUGUUGGGCAGACUCCGUUUGGACCGUUCUCUGAAGUUUCAUCACUGUCAUUUGUGCAGAAGGAUGCUGCUCGUAGAAAUGUUCUUUUGACAUCACUCAAUUACAGCAUAACAAGUGCUGUGGAUGUUCUUGAAUCCAUAGCUGCACAUGGUGGGGAAAGAAAGCUCCUUAAAAGUAGUCGACAUGUUGAGUUCAUACAAAGGUGGAACUUGUUCAAGUACAAGCUGGAGAAAGCAGUCUCUGCAUUGUCGCAUUUAGAUUUUGAGAUGGCUUUGUAUUACUUGAGGUCCUCAGAUCAUGACCUAUAUGCCAUCCACUCUCUUGUCUAUCAUGCCUCCCAAGAAGUGGAGGCGUCCCUUGUAUGUUUCAAGGAUCCACCGGUUCCGUGGACUGGGAUCUGGUUGAUUGCAUUGGCUUUCCUUUUUGUCUUUUAUCUUUCUAAACAACAAAAACUCUUCAGAAAUAAAAGUAAGCAAUUUUGAAGUUCUUGAGAGGAAAUGAAGUUUGUAUCUUUUGAAUGCAAUACAUGUAUUUCAGUAAGGGACAUGAUUCAGAGGUCAGGAACUAGUAUUCAGUUUACUCAUAACUUUACUGCAUUUUAAGUUU